UGGAGCUGUCUGACGUCCCUCUGCGUCCCUCAGGAGCACCGCGGCCUUCUGUCGGUUCGAUACCCCAUGGAGCACGGAAUCGUGAAGGACUGGAACGACAUGGAGAGGAUCUGGCAGUACGUUUACUCCAAGGAGCAGCUGCAGACCUUCAGUGAGGAGCAUCCUGUCCUCCUCACAGAGGCUCCUCUGAAUCCCAGUAUGAAUCGUGAAAAAGCAGCAGAGAUUUUCUUCGAGACCUUCAACGUUCCCGCGCUCUUCAUCUCCAUGCAGGCCGUCCUCAGCCUUUAUGCGACGGGCCGGACCACCGGAGUGGUUCUGGACUCGGGCGACGGGGUGACCCACGUGGUCCCGAUCUACGAAGGAUUCGCCAUCCCUCACUCCAUCAUGAGGGUGGACAUCGCCGGCAGAGACGUGUCGCGGUAUCUCCGCCUGCUGCUGCGCAAAGAGGGGUACAACUUCAACACCUCGGCCGAGUUCGAGGUGGUGCGCACCGUCAAGGAGGUGAGAGGUCAUGGUGUAUGCACCGUUUAG